UAGCUACCUUUCUAUCGCAAAAAUUUGCCAAUAUACAUCGGAGUAAGAGCCUUGUUGCUGAAAAGCUCAGUCAACACAAUAGAGAACUUAGUUGAUGUGAUUUAUGGUCACAGGCUACUGGCCGUCUCACUCACUGCAGUCGUAUACUUGUUUGCGGAAGCCAUCUACAAUAUUUACUUUCAUCCAUUGGCCGAUGUGCCAGGUUCAUUCUGGUGCAAAGUCUCGGGCUGGCCUUCUUGCUAUCAAGCAUCGACCGGGUAUCGUCACAUUUGGAUUUGGCAAAAUCACGAGAUUCACGGUGACAGAUUUCGUUACCGACCAGACGGAGUCUUGAUAGCCACCCCCAAGGGAUACCGUGAAAUUUACAAUCCCAAGGCGAAUGUGAAAAAGGCCGAGUGGUAUGAGAUCUGGCGGAGGAACAAUGAAGACUAUAAUGCGUUGAAUACGACCGACCCUCACAAACAUAUGGUGCUGCGAAAGCCCUUAAACAGCGCCUUCUCAGAAAAAUCACUGCGUUCGUCAGAACCCUUCAUUAUCAAAAAUGUUGACCGCUGGAUUGAGAUCAUGCUAGAUGGUGAAAAAACUAAAGGCAAAACUGAAUGGACGACGCCGAAGAAUCUAGGCGGUGAAUGGGUUGAUUACCUUGUUUUUGAUAUACUGGGCGAUUUAUGUUUUGGGAAGUCUUUUGAGACAAUGGAAAUCAAGGAAAACCCACUUCGUCAGAUUCCACAUAUCAUUGGCGAAUAUUUGCAAUUCAUGUAUCCGAUUUCGAACUCGCCCUUUCUUAACGCAUGGGUUUGGCUCAAGCCUCGCGGCAUUGAUAAAUUACUUGCGAUGAUUACUCCGAAGCCUGUGAUUGACUUCUAUAAGUUUCUAGAGAAAUGCGUUGAAGAGCGUGAGAAGCAAGAGCAAAGCAUGGAGAAGAACAGCACAAAGAAUGAACGGAAAGAUAUGUUCCACUACUUGUUCCAGGCCAAAGACUCUGAGACUGGCGCUCCCGCCUUCAAUCACACCGAGCUUGUAGCGACAGCCAAUCUUCUGGGAACAGCUGGCUUAGAUACUACUACCACUGCUAUUUGCAGCGCUUUUUUCUACUUAACACGAAACCUGCAUGUUUACAAAAAGCUUGCGAAAGAGAUACGAGAUACCUUUCCUUCUGCCGAAGACAUCUGCUCCGGUGUGACUCUUUCUAAUUGCAAGUAUCUGCAAGCCUCUUGUCUUGAGGCUAUGCGAAUGUCACCAAAUGGACCACCAGAGCUUCUACGCCAAGUCCUUCCCGGUGGUAUUGAAAUCGGCGGUCACUGGUAUCCAGAAAACACUCUUAUAGGUGUCCCUAGCUACUCGUUAUACUACCAUCAGGAGACAUUCAAAGAUCCAUUCGUCUUUCGACCUGAGCGCUGGAUACCAAACGACGAACUAGGCAUUUCUGCAGAGCAUGUUGCUGCUCUCCAAGAAUCAUUCAAACCUUUUUCAAUCGGUCCUGGUCAAUGUCCCGGCAAGAACAUUGCAUUGCUUGAGAUGUACAUGACUUUGGCUCGGACUAUUCAUAGUUGCGAUGUUCGUCGACCACUUGAUGAUACAUCAAAUCGUGGAGCUGGCAAACCUGAAAAUAUUUGGGGUCGGAGAAAUAAAAAUCAGUAUCAAGUUGUAGACGCCUUUCUUGCUCUGAGAAAUGGGCCGGUAAUUCAGCUUCGUCGAAGAGUAAACUAA